CGGGGGGUGGAUGAACAUGGAGAACUUUAUUUCGGGUUAUCCUGGAUGUGAGUUUCAGAUCCGUGAGGCUCUGGCGGAAGUAGUGGGGACAUCCAAGUCGGAAUUUUUCUUUGACAAGUUCUUGCAGUACUUUUUCGAAGAUAAGGAUGCUGCAUUCUUCAAGAGUUCGGGCCUCAAUUGCAUCAGGCUACCUUUUAACUACAGACACUUUGAAGAUGACAUGAACCCACGUGUGCUCAAGAGCGAAGGCUUCAAACACCUUGAUCGUGUGAUAGACCUUUGCGCACAACACGGCAUUUACACCAUCCUCGACUUACACACUGCGCCUGGUGGCCAAAAUACCGACUGGCACUCAGAUGCCGGCACUCACAUGGCGAAUUUUUGGCUCCAUAAAGACUUUCAAGAUCGCACAUUGUGGCUCUGGAAAGAGCUUUCCAAACACUAUAUAAAUAACAAGUGGAUCGCUGGCUACAAUCCCCUGAAUGAGCCGACAGAUCCCUCGCACACGCGCGUGGUUGAAUUUUAUGACCGCUUGUACAGCGCCAUUCGUGAAAUUGACUCUGAGCACAUCAUCUUUUUUGACGGCAAUACGUUUGCCUCUGAUUUUUCUCACUUUGGGGAUAUCCACAAGAAGUGGGCAAACACGGCAUACUCGAUCCAUGAUUAUUCUGUCUUUGGAUUCCCUGCGUCACCUGAGGAUUAUGUAGGCUCGGAUGACCAGAAAAGGAGAUUGAGGAGAAGUUACGAGAAGAAGAGGGAGUGGAUGGACCAGCGCGGUUUAUGCGUUUGGAACGGCGAAUGGGGCCCAGUGUAUGCAAGGACGCAAUAUGAAGGUUCGGCGACGGAUUCGAUUAACGAGCGGCGAUACGAGGUACUUAAAGAUCAGUUGAGCAUAUACAACAAGGACCGCCUGAGUUGGACUAUCUGGUUAUACAAAGAUAUCGGUUUCCAAGGGAUGAUUUAUGUCGCACAGGAGACGCCGUACAUGACUUUGUUGAAGGACUUCCUCGCCAAGAAACAGCGCCUUGCUGUCGAUGCUUGGGGCUCUGACGAUUCCCACGUUCGCCACGUAUAUCAACCCCUCAUCGAUCACAUCACUAAAGAAAUCCCACUGGAGAACCAGAAAGUUUACCCAUACCCAGUUUGGAAGCUCUCCGACCGAGUUGGACGCUUGUCUCGCAAUAUUUUGGUUGCGGAGUACCUCGUCAAAGAGUGGGCUGAACACUUUAGGGGAAAGACGGAAGAAGAACUAGACCAUAUUGCAAAGAGUUUCAAGUUUGAAAACUGCGUGCAUCGCAGUGGCUUGAACAAGAUUCUUGCGGAGAAUGCAAAGCUGGAAAAAUGAGAACCCGGGAGUGAUGGUGGCUAAGUUGUAUUGUUCGUUACCUGUAAAUAUUAUUAUCCACGGAGUUCACAGUUGAUAAGGUAUAAAAAUUAUGUUUAGGACGAGUUUCCAUCGUUAUUAUUUGUUGCAGCCUGCGGGUCUGAAGAUUGUAGUUUGUCAUCGCGGAGAUCAAAAAAUCAUAAUCGCUCGAAUUUCUACCAGU